AUUAUCGAGGAAGACGUGGCGCGGCCGCUUAGGGCAGUUGGCGGUCGCAAAUCUGUGGCCCUGUCCAUGAGUCUGAUGGCCAGGAGCUGUCCAGAGAACACCAUAAUCAAGGCCGACACCACGAGCCAAUGUAGCGACAUGCCACUGAACAUGACUCGAAUUUGCGCGGUGUACCCCGGCUUACUCCAAGCCCACCACUAUUCAAUAAUGACACGGCGCUACAACGGCGCGGACGACGAUGGACUCACGAAAGACGUGUUUUUCGAGACCGGCGAUACAUUUUCAGCUAAGGCCUACGCGAUGGCGAAGCAAAUAAAGCGGAGCGGCGCCGACCCGUUCACGUUUAUCAUCGAGAGGUACGACCUGGAGCCUCAACAAGAGAUCUACUACAAACAUCCGGAGAAAGACAAUGUCGUGCUUUGCGAGGCCAAAGCGUUUGGCUUCACGAACAAGACGAAAGCGAAGCUCAUGAGCCUGUGAUAUAGAGACCAACAGGCGUAUACCCCAGCGCUUGAUUCCAGAAACUGGCACUUCUGUCGGUGACUACAGUACUUAUAGUAUUAUUACGCCCGCGUUUUCGUGUCGGCCUGUGUAAUAGUUGUCUUCUCCUUAUGUUGGCUGUGUGCAAGCGUCGAGUUGUGACACUCCGAUUAUAAAGACUGA